GGCAGAGGCCCUGGUAACGAAGAAAAGAAAGAUGGAGAAAUCGCAAACGGAAAACUAAAUAAACAGGAAACUAAUACGUUAAAGAGUAAGGAAAACAUGGUCAAUAACUGGUUCAAUAUGACUGAAGAAGAGAGGUAUCAAAGGGACGCGUCUUCACUUGAAACACCACCUGGAAGUGAAGACAAAGUAGAAGGUUCCAGAAAGUUCGCAGAAUCGGAAUUAAACGGAACGGUAUCAUGUGAUACGGGCGUUAUAGUGGUGGAC